AUGAACGUCGAACUCCAAGCAAAGUUUUGCGGGUCGAUCCCAACCCGCAGCUCCUUUAUGGAUUUCAUUAAUGGGGGCAAGUCUGUAUAUAGUACUGUGACCCGCAGUCCACCAAGCCCGGAUACUGGGUCUCGAUUUUCCAUUCAGCCCACGACACCAGAGGUUGAGACUCCCAAGGAUAAGACUGAAGUUCAGGACACUUCUUUCUUCGACGUUCAAACACCCUCUAUCGAGACCAACAUCCAACACGGCACUGUAGAGCCUACUAUUCCCGACUAUACUUUUGUUCUUGGCACUGAAGAUGAGUCUGUCACAGAUCAGUCUCCUAGUGAACCCCCAACGACCGACAACACUAUGGACGACAAUGCUACCAACCCCCCUUCUCUUCACGAUGUCACUAUCCCUCAGAUCUUCGUUACAGCGCCCACCACUCGUGAGUCUGGUUUAGCUGAGGCCGCCGUUGAUGAUGUCGAGUUUUUCGAUAGUGGCGAGGAGUUCGAAUUUUGCGAUGAAUUCGACGACAACGUCAAUGGAUUCCAAACCCAACAUCUCACCCCGGAACAUUAUGUCACCAAGGAAAUGGCCUCUCAGGCUAGAUCAAGUGAAAUUGAAAGUGUCGAAUUGGAAGCCACAGGCAUUGACACAGAUCCUGAAACCCAUGCCUAUACUCUCGACGAUUAUUCCAUAUCCACAGAAACCAGCGAGAGCUUUUCCAAUGAGAGCGGAAAGCCUUUGAUUUGCUUUGACGAGAGCGGAGAUCUCUACCUCAAGGUGGGACAGAGCCCAGGGCGGCUUAUGCUCGUCGAUUCCCGAGCCCUCAGCCGCGUGUCUCCCAGACUCAAGGAGAUGGUUUCUCGUAACCGGAAAGACGCCGAAGAUGGCGGCGACUGGACUAUCGAGCUACCGGAUGACAGUCCUGUCCCUUUCACUGUCCUUAUGAAUUUGAUUCAUACACGUUUCGAGAAGGUGCCCGCCAAAGUAUCACUCAAGAAGCUGUACGGUGCUUGCAUUCUCACCAGCAAGUAUGAGAUGACGCAAGUCCUACGACCUGUGGCUGAGCGCUGGUUCAAGGCUUUGGGUACCUCCAUUGAGGACUAUGGACUCUUUUUCAAGAAGGCAUAUAUUGCAUGGGAAUUGGGUUUCUCGGAGGAGCUCAGCGAGAUGAUGGGCCACGUUGUGCUCAACUGCUCAUUGAAUUGGAACGAUCAGCUCGUUAUCGGAGAGAACAAGGAGCCACUUUGCAAUUUUGAAGGAUUGCAAAGAAUUCCUAUUCUUGACUGUAUCGCAGAACACCGCGAACUCGCUCUAGAAACUUGCUGGUAUAAGAGCCAGAAGCUAGGUGAACAAGUCCUUUAUAGCUCUGUCAAGGGACACAUGUGCGGCGCUUCCCACAGCCGAGAGGAAAUGUGUCUGAUGCUGGGCAAGAUGCUAAGCAAGGCUGGCGAAGAAGGGAUACUCGACCUUUUCCACUUUGGGGGCAGUCUCGACGUAUUCCGGUCCUCGGACCUAGAUCUAAAGACUCUUGAGCACAAGAUUAGUCUCGUGGCUGAUCAUAUAGACUUGUGUGGAUGGUGUCAUGCAGUGCUCGAGACAGUCGAGGAGGUUCGGCAACAACUUCGAAGGGCAGCCGAUCCCCUCUACUUGAGCCAUCUCCGGACUUUGCAAAUUCAAGCUGCCAAGGUUAGAAUGAAACCUGGGGUCUUGGAUGAAGACGAUGACGAUGAAGAAUAA